GCAGCGAGCACAGCAGUGAGUGCGUCGCGAGGUCCAGUCGCGUCCAGCAUGGAGGCCCGAGUGUUGCUGUUGGUGGCCGCGGUGGCAGGAGCCGCGGCGCCCCGCGCAAGCGCGAACAUCGCCCUCGCCGGUCCGUACGCUGUGGACGUCUUGGAGUAUGCGGUCUGCGACGAUGGAGAAUACCCUGGGGUUUCAGCCAACUUCUCGCAGGUCGUGGAUGAGGAAACUAAAGAAACUGUGUACAGAGGAGAGUUCACUGUCAACUACGACCUUUUUGCGGACGACUCCGAGGUACAGAUCACUGCGUACAGGUGGGGCAGUACUGGUGGAUGGAGCCGAAUUUUCUACCACAAUUUCACCGAACCAUAUGACUACAUAAAGUCUAACUUGCCCAACAUAUUCGAACUUUUCUGGAAGAAGAUUGGUAUCACAGAGAAGCCAGUGACUCCGGGAACCUACCACUUCAGUGGAUUAUCGCUACGAGGAUUGACUCUACAAAAGUUCAGCUCGCUUUAUUACGGGAAGUACAAAAUAUACUCCAAGGCCCUGAGGGACGGCGAAGAAUUAUUCUGUCUGCAGACACUUGUCUCCAUCUACGAAGUCUGAUAUUCCCGUGAGCGCAGUAACAUGUCGAUGGCGGUGUCUUUAGCACACCCGGCAGGCAGAGGUCUGAUCGCAAUUGUCCGCCAACCGCAGACCAUCACACAGUACAAGACCCUGUCGGCGCCCUCUGAUUCAUAAAAUAAAUGUAAACUGAUUGUAUGUAACAAACAAAAAAAUGGACGAU